ACUUCGGAAAUACGGAUGCGCCUUUCUGCUUUCUCUACACACGUGCAGCAUGGAGUCUCCACGAGAUGAAUUGGAUCUCGAUCGGUCUCAGGUAACUAAAGCUGUACAGGCAUUACAGGCAUGUCUAAAGAGCAGCUCCUUGUCCCAAAAGCUCUUCGAGAAUGAUGGUCAGGCCAUCUCUCUACUGUUAACUCAAUGGAAAAUCCCUAGAAAGGAGCAAACCAUUCGCAUUUCUUUACCCCAUGGGCUGAGGACUGAAUCAGGAGACGUGUGUCUCUUCACCAGAGAUGAACCCAGAAUGACCUCAGAACAGACAGUGAGAUUCUACAAGAAGUUACUCACAGAGAGAGGGCUCAAAAAUGCCAUAGAGGUGAUUCCCUUCAACAUGUUGAAAACUGAGUAUAAGCCCUUUGAAGCCAAAAGGAGACUGCUGGGCAACUUUGAUUUGUUUCUGUCAGACGCACGCAUCCGACGCAGGUUACCCUCUCACAUUGGGAAGCAUUUCUAUGAAAGGAAAAAGGCUCCUCUGUCGGUGGAUCUAGAGAGUAAACAUCUAGUCAGAGACAUGGCGCGCCUCAUUCAGGGCACCAGUCUCACUGUCUCAAAUAAAGGCUCUUGUUGCAUGGUACGUGUAGCACAUUCAGGCAUGACAGCAGAUGAGAUGGUUGAGAAUGUGAUGACAGCGGUUUCCACCAUCUCAGCAAAGUUAGCAAUGACAGGAAAAAACAUAAAAAUCAUCCAUUUGAAGAGUCAGACCUCAGUUGCGCUGCCCAUCUACACCUCUGACCUGAGUCAUCUUGCAGUGGUGGAGGAGGCCCGGAAGAAAGCCCGUUCAACAAAGGGAGCAAAAAAGAGGAAGAGAGAAAAUAAGAAUAGAGAAGUGUCAGAUCUGAAAACGAAAGAAACCGAGGAAGAGAAAGACAGUAAAGAAGAGGAAAUACCACAGCUGGUGCCAAUCGAGAUGCCAACCAAAAAGCCAAAACAGGAGACCAUAUCUAAACAAGGACUGAAAAAAGUACCAAAGCCUGCUGCUGGCAAAGGACUAAAGAAAACCGUAAAAGACACAAAACUGGCCAAGAAAACACCAAAGGUCACAGCACGUGGUCUGAAGAGAAAAGCUAAAAACAAAUAAAAUUGUAAAUGCAAUUAAUGUGCAGCUUUCUCAUCCUGCUAACAGUUUAUAUGGAUAUGUAUGGAGCAGAAAUUUGUAUUACACAUUGUUUAUGAGGUUCAUUUGAGCAUUUGUUCUGAUCCAUGUGAAUAGUGAAUUAAAAGAAUUGUAAAUCUGA